AUGCAUACAUCGUUAUUUUUUCUUUUUUAUCGUUAUUCAUAUUUCCCGCAAUUUCUUUUUCCUCCUUCAUAUUAUUCUCUUUUCUUUCUUGUUACGUUUUAUUUUUUCUUUCCUCUUCUAUUUUUACACGAUUUAACUAUUUUGUCUGUCUUCUGCUUUUUCCUUUCUUUCUUUCUUUCUUUCUUUUUUCUUAGUUUUUUUUCUCCCUUGAGUCUUCCUUCUUCUUCGCCAAUUCUCUUUCAGUCUUUUAUCUUCCCUGUUUUCUUUCGUGUAUUUGUUAUUUCUUCAUUCUUUUCUUCUCUGCGUUUUCCUGUGUCCUGUUCUUUUGGCAUCAUUUUCUUUUUCUCUCCUUUCUUCCUCUGUUUCCUUCUUCCCCUUCCUCUCUGUGUCCUUUCAUUCUUUCUUUCUUUCUUUUUUUCUUUCUUUCCAUUAACUUUUUUUCCAUUAUCUUGUUUUUUGUUUUUUUUUUUUUUCCCGCCAAUGCUUUCUAUGUCGUAUCGGUUUCCUCUUUUCUUCUUUUUUUUCCUGAUUUCUCUCCUCCUUUCUCCUUCUUUGACUCUUUCAUUCUAUGAAAUCACCGAUAACUUGACCAUUCCUUACCAAUUGUGGACCUCUUUCCCUUUCGCUCUCUACAUUUCCCCUUCUCUCUCUCUCUCUCUCUCUCUUUCUCUCUCUCUCUUUUUAAUUCUUCCCACGUCUCUCUAA